GCUAUUUUAUUAGGUUAUACACAAAUCAGAUUAUAUAAAUAAACUUACUCCGAACCUUUCACAAGAUAAAAUAUUUAAUAUAUUAAUAAUAAAUAUUUACAUACAAGGUUAUGAUACUUUUCUUUAGCCGAGAGCAAAUUAAACUAACAGUUCACCAUGGUUUUAAUGAAAGGUUCUCAAAUUCCUAAAGAUGCUGUUGUACUCGAUGAAGUUGAAGCGAUCAGUUAUGUAUGGGAUGUUGUAUCAAAAUGGGAUUCGUGGUCAGACAUAUGGGCAUUACGAUACGGCCCAAUGGUCCUGGGGGCUAUAAAUUCAGUAAGCGGUGUUAUUAUAAAUAAUCACUACAGAUGGAAACUGAAACUUGGAAAUUAUGGAUAUUUUUCAUCAACUUUGCCUCUUACUGUGAUGCCUGGCAUUUUAACUCUUAUUUUUCAUAAACAUCUCAUAUCAACAGACUUGCUUUUAAUGAAGAAUGAUACAUGCCCUGUCUGCUAUGAAGUUAAAUCAUCAGCAAUACAAAUAUCUAUGGGUUUAUUAUAUCCAAUGGUAUUGGCUCCCACGUCAGCUUUAAUGCUAGCCAAUAGAUAUGCAACAUACAGAGUGCCACAUCUUUUCGAAGGUCCUAAGGUUAUGUUUGGUUUUUUGAAGAAGCAUACAAAACCAUUUACUGGUACUUUAGGAUAUAUUGCUUUAAUCCAACUUGCUGCCUCGGCCUUCAUUACCUAUUUUGAAAUGAAAAAUACUUUUACAUUAAGGCAUAAAAUAGUGGAAAUAGAAAAUAAAAUGGAGCAAGAGUUAAAUGAUAAUAAGAUAAGACUGUAAUUUAUUUUUAUAAGUCGUAAAUAUAGUUGUUGAAUUUUGUAAUGUAGUUUUAAUAUAGUGUUUUAUCAAUUA